GUAACCUUCGCCAAUAGACGUGCCACAUCGUUGGCUUUAGCUUACUGUAUGCACGUGUGUCUUGUAUCCAUGUAGUCGCUUUUCUCGUUAAUGCGGAUUUAACAUUAUGGCUUAUCUUGUCAAAGGAAAAUUUAUUCAUCUACGUACAUUGAUAUCUAUUAUUUGGCAUAUUUACCUGAUACUGUUGGUCUCCAUUCCUUAUUGUGAAUCUUCCUUUAAUGUGGCAGUGAGUGCAAGCGAUCCCGUUGGUUCAACAUUUAAUCAGGGUUUUACUUAUGGUGCGACCAAUACUGCUCCUGAUGCUUCUACUAAUUUUACUAUUACUGCCACUGCCACCACAAAUUUUACCACUACCACUGAUGGGUUUAAUCAGUCGAAAUUCUGUCAACAUUCAAAAUUGUUACCUCCGGAAAAUGUCACAAUCACCAAUGUCACAUCUGAUUCCUUCGAUAUUAAUUGGAAUUUACCACGUCUUUAUAAUCGGCUGAAUAAAGUUGUUUACGAAAUAUUGAUAAAUAGUCCACAAAGAUUACCAAUAAUUAUUAGAAAUGUUUCAAGUUGUUUUCAAUUGAAAGAAAGGAUUAUAAAUUUAACUUCAUGUUGCUUUUAUAUUAUACAAAUCAAAACACAUGAUAUGUUAUUGAUGAAAUCAAGUGAUUGGUCAAAUCCAGUAUUUACAGCUACCUUAUUACCACAACAUGUCGUUCAAAAUCAUUUUGAAGUAGAAAAUAUGUCUCCAACUAUUCAAAAAGUGAAGUGGAGUAAAUUUACUGUGCCUAAUGAAUGUAUGGCACUUAUUCAAUUAUUACAAAUUAAUGGGAAAACCUUCAUUGAGUUAAUUACCAGUGUGGCAAUAAAUGAAACAGAAUAUACAUUCUAUAAUUUGGCACCAUCAACUCAAUAUACGUAUACUCUAAAAGUGAUUUCACCAUUUGGUAAUUAUUUAGGGCAGUAUAUUUCAAUAACUACAAAAAAUUUACCUUUAACUCACCGUUUAAACAAAAGUAUUCAUACACCAAAACUUAUUCAGAUCUCUAAUAUUACAUCCACUUCGUUCGUGAUCAUUUGGUCAAUUUUGAAAACGAAUAGAAGUCAAUUCAAAAUUUCUACUUAUGAAAUCUUGCUUAAUAGUCAAAGACAAUCAUUAUUAUUAAUAAAAAAUAUUUCGAGCGAAUUAUUUAGAGAAAAAAUUGAGAAUUUAACUGCUUGCACAAUUUAUACAAUUCAACUGAGAUUAGUUGUAAAAUUAUUUGAAACAAUAUAUAGUGAAUGGUCAAAACCACUAACUGCGUUUACGUCAAUCCCGAACAUUUCAAAGAAAACUCUCAUAAAAAUUACAAACCUUGGCAGAAAUAUGCAACACUUGAGAUGGAUUAAAUUGAACGAUCCUAUCUUGAUGAACGAGUGUAAAUCUUAUUUAGAAUUAAUUCAAUGCAGUCAUCUAUCAUAUAAUUGUAUGACAGUCGAAUUAUCUGUGAAUGAAACUACUUUUAUAUAUUACAAUCUGAAACCAUUGACUACUUAUACAUAUAGUAUCAAUUUGAUUUCUCCUUUUGGUAAUAUCAAUGAUAUUUACACGAAGUCUACAGCAGAAACACUACCUAAUGGUCCAAAUACCCCAGUCAAUCUAUCUAUCAGCCAUAUAUCACCGAACAAACUGACCUUACACUGGCAAAAUCCAUCACAACAUCCAGCCUUUGAUGUUCACUGUUUUUGGGUGUACAAACGUGAAUCGAUCCAUCUGAUGAGUGGGUUGGACGAGUACAGAAUUUGUGAUGUUUCGAAUGAAUUUAUUUUGACAUCACUGAUACCUGGAAGACAAUACACUUUGUAUAUGAGAUCUGAGGAUUCUGUGUAUGGAUUAUAUAGUGAUGUUUCUAAUGCUAUAAGUGCAACAACCUAUCCAUCACAACCAAAUGCACCAACCAAUUUAACUGUAACCAAUAUUUUAUCUAAUCAAUUUACUGUUAAAUGGACUGAACCAGUACAAGAUUCUGCAUUUAUAAUUAAAUAUUAUUUAAUAUAUCAUCGUCCUACUUUAAAUAUAAAUGAUCUAUUCACACAAUCUCAUAUUUUCUCUAAUCAUUCUAAUGAAUAUACCAUCACUUCAUUAUUACCUGGUAUUAACUACACCGUUUAUAUAAAAUCGAUCGACUCAAUUUAUGGUAUAUACAGUAAUGAAUCGAUCCCAAUUACAGUGUACACAUUUCCAGCUGCUCCUAAUCCACCUGUUAACGUUACGUUUAUUGAAACUGGGUCGACACAGCUCCGUGUUGUAUGGAUGCCUCCUGUGGAGAAUUCAGCUUUCAACAUCACUUGUUACUUGGUAUAUAUCCGUCCAACGUUUACUGUAUUUGGUCAUUUUCAAAAAUUCAAUAUUUGUCAUUCUAACGUGUGUGACAUCAAAUCGUUAUUACCGGGAGUAAACUAUACAGCUUAUGUUGAAUCGUUUGAUUUAACAUACGGAAUUCGAAGUUUGCCUUCAAAUUAUAUUACCGCUGUAACCUACCCUGAUAGACCUAUUAAGCCAGAAAAUGUAACAGUGACCAACAUCAAACCAAAUCAAUUCACUAUUAGAUGGAACGAAAUCAAACAAGAUUUAACGUUCACUAACAUUUGUUAUUCACUUUAUGUGCGACCAACUUUAAAUAUUAAUGAUAAUUUUAAUCGGUUCAAUGUUUGCAAUGGAAAAAGCGAAUUUAAUGUCACUUUCUUAUUACCUAGAACAAAUUAUACGGUAUAUCUUAAGUCGUUUGAUACUAAUUAUGGUAUAUACAGUGAUGCGACGAAAUCUUUUCUAAUCUAUACAACAUAUCCAGCAUGUAUUCGACCACCAGUCAAUUUAACAAUUUCUGGAAUUAAUAUUUAUGGAUUUACUGUACAUUGGGAUCAUGCAUUAGAAGAGCAUUCAUUCGAUAAUAACAACUAUUAUUAUGUAUUCAUAAAGGCUUUACACAAUCAUACAAACAAACCAAUGAAGUUCAAUGCUGGUCAAUCAGCUACAAGUUUUCAUAUUUUAGGUCUUUCGCCGGAUACAUGGUAUAGUGUAUCUGUACAAUGCAUAGAUAUUACAUACUAUAAUAGCAUCGAAUCAGAAGAGAUUUUUGUACAUACAUAUUCCGAGACUGUUGAACGUGACAGUCUCAAUCAGCUGACGAGUCUGAUCCUACAAGUACCACCAGAACAACAAACAACUCAUAUUAAACAAGACAGCAUGAUUAUUUUGUAUUUACCGUUAUCUCGGUUAAAUUAUUUCAUUUCAACAGUUUAUGUGGUUUCACUUGUAAUAAAGCCAACUAGGGAAAAUCAUGAUGAUGAAAUUAUUUGUUCUGAAGGUUGUACAAAGAAAAUGCACUACAAUGACAUUACUGAUAUUUAUUUAGUUGAGUCGACAUACAAAAGUCGUCAUAAUAAAGAAAAUGGAUCAUGGGAAAUACUUAUACAUUCACGGUUGGAAUUAAGUCAGACGCGUACACGACGUUCAAUGGGUUACCGAAUGAAUGAAAGUUAUCUUUAUUCCGAUAAAUAUUUCGUGAUCGGUGAAAAUGGUGUAUGCCCGUAUAAUUCGCAUGAAUGUAAUGGACCACUAAAACCCGCUACACAGUACAGUAUACAAUUACGUACUUACACGGAAUAUGGAUAUACCACGUCGAAAAUAAUUCAUGGACGUACACUGUCUGACACUUCUAUCAUUUUGAUCACAUGUUGUAUCUUGUGGUCAUUGUUCAUAUUGGCUAUAUCCUCAUUCGGUUUAUUAUAUUAUCAUCUUAUUGAAAGCACUAUUACCAAAAAUAAUGAUAUUUAUGAUAAUAACGCAAGGGGAAAAAUCAAUAAUAAAUCAAUAAUCAAUGAAGAUAUUUGUUCACAGAAGAUGAUGGAUCGAACUCACCUUCCAAAUUUAUGUACAUCUAUGGAAUGAAGACUAAUUACAAACGUUCUAUCACUUCAAGAGAUUGAUUCCGGUCGUGUAUUCAAAUAUGAGAAUUAGUAUUUGAUGUGUGGGCGAGAAUGAUCAUGAUUGGUUGUUUGCUUAGUCAGACAUGUAGACAGUCUGACAGGUUUCAGAUAAGUUAUACAUUCCCUUAUCCUUAUUAUUAUGACACACACUUAUUAUUGAUUGUUCAUUGUUGUAGAUUGUGUCUGUUUUGGUUGUGGAAAUAUAUCACGUUCUGGCCAGGCUAAUAACGUGUUCUCGAUCUGAAUCGUGUUGAAGUCCUGUAGAAUAGACACUGGUAAGGAUCUAGUGUAGAUAAUCAUUUAAGCGUUAUAACAUUAGACGAAGUAAUACCGAACGUUAUAACAGUAUUGAAAGACGUGUACAUUCAAAUGACGUAUCUCUAAUGGAAUGAAGGUAACAACCUGGUUUCCACUGCCAUCGAUUGUGUAGAAAAUAAGCAGCUUGUAAAAUUAAACAGCAUCGUAGCAUCCAUUCGAGAAACCUCUGGUAUGAUAGAAACCGGUCUCUUCAGUCCUGGAUAUCAGCAAUUGUAGAAUCAGUCAGUCAGUCAGUAACAACG